GUAAUGUCAUGCAGGGACAGGCUUCUCUGACGCGCUGCAGAAUCUUUGAUAUCGUGAUGAACAUGAAUCUCGGGGUGGAUACUUUCUUUGUUAUAAGCGGCUUCUUGGUGUCCUAUCUCCACAUGAAGAAAGCCACCCAGAGUGGAUGGACCUUUAGCUGGAUACGUUACUUCUUACAUCGGUACUGGAGACUAACCCCGACCUACAUGGUGGCCUUUGUCUUGAUUUUGGGGCUGCAGAGAUUUUUCGUGUCUGGCCCCACGGCCGCCACAGCUCAACCUUACGAUGAAGCGGCCUGUGAGAAAUACUGGUGGACCUUCCCCCUCUACAUCAACAACCUCAUGAUGUUUAAGCGUGCUGAAAUGUGUUUCUUCCACGGUUGGAGUCUGGCUGCAGACUAUCAGUUCCAUCUCCUGACUCCUAUGAUGCUUGUACCUUUUUAUUAUCACAGGUACUGUGGGAUCGCAAGUUGUCUCCUGUUUGCCGUGGCCCAGAUGAUUUUGUCCGGAAUUCUAGCUUACCACUUCAAAAUGGUAGUCGGAACUAUAAGACAGCCGCUUGAACAUCUACACUUCAUCUACUUCCCGUUCUACACUCGGAUCGGUCCUUUCGCUCUGGGUAUCCUGACCGGGUACCUCAUGUCCGCUCACAACGGCCGUGUCACCAUGAACAAGUGCGUUGUUGUGAUUGGUUGGAUCCUUGCUGCUGUAGUCGGAUUGGCUGUAGUGUUUGGUGUCCAUGGUGAUUUCAGCGGAGAAAAUCCCAGCAUUUUAUUGGUGGCUUCUAUAUAUAACGGAAUAUACCGGACCGUCUGGGGCGCCUGUAUUUGUUGGAUCAUUGUCGCCUGCACGUCUGGAUAUGGAGGACCAAUUCACGCCUUCCUGUCCUGGUCACCAUUUGUAGUUCUAGGCCGCUUGACCUACACUGGCUACCUAAUCCACAUGUCCGUGCUGACAGUCAUAUUUGAGAACCUGGAGCAGCCGCUUUAUUUAAACAUGUUUGCUGUGGUUGUUUACGGAACGGUCGGCGUUAUCUUCACUAGCCCCCUGGCCGCCAUUUUGGUCAUGUGUGUGGAGAUGCCGACGUUAAGUCUAGAGAAAGUUCGAAAUAACGGAAGAAAGCCGUAA